UUUUUUGAAGGCAAGGAGCUGCGUCUGAAGCAGGAAUACUUUGUGGUAGCUGCCACCUUACAAGACAUCAUCCGACGGUACAAAGCUUCCAAGUUUGGGACUACUGAAAGUGUCCGGACUGCUUUUGAUUCAUUCCCAGACCAGGUUGCAAUCCAGCUGAAUGAUACACAUCCGUCAAUGGCUAUUCCUGAGUUGAUGCGUGUGUUCUUGGAUAUAGAGAAGCUGCCCUGGUCCAAGGCCUGGGAUAUCACCACAAGGACCUUUGCUUAUACAAACCACACAGUUCUCCCUGAAGCUCUUGAGCGUUGGCCAGUUGAGCUGGUGGAGAAGCUGCUUCCAAGACACUUGCAGAUUAUCUAUGAAAUCAAUCAGAGGCAUUUGGACAAAAUCAGAGCCCUGUUUCCCACGGAUGUUGACCGUCUCAGGCGGAUGUCCUUGAUUGAAGAGGAAGGGGUCAAGCGUAUUAACAUGGCCCACCUCUGCAUUGUGGGCUCUCACGCAGUGAAUGGAGUUGCAAAGAUUCACUCAGAUAUCGUCAAAUCUCAAGUGUUCAAGGACUUUGCAGAGAUGGAGCCAGAAAAGUUUCAGAAUAAAACAAAUGGGAUCACUCCUCGUCGCUGGCUCCUGCUUUGCAACCCAGGACUUGCAGAAUUAAUUGCAGAGAAAAUAGGAGAGGAAUAUGUGAAAGAUUUGAGUCAGCUAACAAAGCUGCAUCGGUUUGUAAAUGAUGAUGUUUUCAUCAGAGAGGUGGCCAAAGUCAAGCAGGAAAACAAAGUCAAAUUCGCUCAAUAUCUGGAGCAGGAAUAUAAAGUGAAGAUCAACCCAGCUUCCAUGUUUGACGUGCAAGUCAAGAGAAUUCAUGAAUACAAGCGGCAGCUCAUGAAUUGCCUACAUGUGAUUACCAUCUACAACCGCAUUAAGCGAGAUCCAACGAAGCCAUUUGUGCCCAGGACUGUGAUAAUAGGUGGAAAAGCUGCUCCUGGGUAUCAUAUGGCUAAGAUAAUAAUAAAGCUGAUCACUUCUGUAGGCCAUGUAGUAAACAAUGAUCCUGGGGUUGGAAGCAAGCUGAAGGUCAUCUUUCUGGAGAAUUACAGAGUCUCACUGGCUGAAAAAGUGAUCCCUGCUACAGAUUUAUCAGAGCAGAUUUCGACAGCUGGCACUGAAGCUUCGGGCACUGGCAACAUGAAAUUCAUGCUCAAUGGGGCUCUGACCAUCGGGACCAUGGAUGGUGCCAAUGUAGAAAUGGCAGAAGAAGCUGGAGAAGAGAAUCUUUUCAUAUUUGGCAUGAGAGUGCCAGAUGUGGCAGAGUUGGACCAGAGAGGGUACCAUGCUCAGGAAUAUUAUAAUAAGCUUCCUGAAUUGAAGCAAGCUAUGGAUCAGAUCAAAAGUGGUUUCUUUUCACCACAACAACCUGAUCUGUUCAAAGAUUUGGUCAACAUGUUGUUCCACCAUGACCGGUUUAAAGUGUUUGCAGACUAUGAAGCUUAUGUCAAGUGCCAAGACAGUGUCAGUCAACUCUACAUGAACACCAAAGAAUGGACCAAAAUGGUCAUCAGGAACAUUGCAGCCUCUGGGAAGUUUUCCAGUGACAGGACCAUCAAAGAAUACGCCCGUGAUAUCUGGAAUGUGGAACCGUCUGACCUCAAGAUCCCGCCACCCAAUGUACCUCGCGAUGUUGCUGAUGAGACGCUGGCCAAUGACUCAGCUGAAAAGUUGCGUGUGUGAAUCCGAGCAGUCCUGCAAGCUUAACUCCACAUGGAUAAUGCACAGUACACCCUACACUGGGAAAAGCAUGCAUAGAUUUAACAAGUAAUGGUAAUAAAGUGGCCUCUUCUCUUUUGCUUGCAAGCACUGAGGGCAGUUGGGGUAUUUUAUGCAUUGUC